ACACAAGUGAAAGUACACAAAAGUCUGAGUGUGUUUUUAAUUAAAUAAGAGAAUCUGAAGAAAAUUCCAUAAUAUGACAAAUAAUAUAAAAAUAUAAAUACAACAAUGCAAUGUGGUAGUAAUAUAAUAUUAUUCAUAGUAUUAUAUUCAAUACAAAGCAGUGUAAAAUAUAUGGCGAUGUGGUAACUGGUCGUUAUAUGACUAAGUAGUAGCACAAGUACCUCAGUGGUGAUACUGAAGGAGGAGCAAAGCUGCUCUUACACUUGCACCCACACUCAUCCUGGUCCCAAGCUACUUCUGUGCCUGACUGGUGAAGCGAUGACACUAAAGUAAGACGUACAAUCUUGUUGAUAAUUAUCCAUAUGAAAGUAUUUAGAACUGAGUCUAAAAGAUACUUCUCUUUCAGCCACGUAAAGACGGUGCGUGUUGACAGUUCUCUUGGUUCGGUGAGGUCUGGUGGGGGAAAACCUGGCGCCUGCGGUCCUGAAAAACUUGAAAAAACUGCGUAACUUUAGGGGAACUUUAUACUCAUCAACACGAAAAGAGGAAGCGACUAGAAACAAGCAUUGCUACACACUUACGUUCCUCACAGAGCAGGAAUAGGAAGUGUGAAGAGGACAAGAAAAAAACAAAUCCACAUCUCAGAGUGACAGAAAAGUUGCAAGCACAACCCACAGGGGGGGUUAUUCUCUGUCUUCUCACAGUGGUGAAGGAACACCUGAAGAAGCUGCAAGCUGUUCUCAUGAGCGUCUGAAGAGCUGCUGUGGAAGAUGAGUGACUCACUGGAGAGGACCACAGACUGUCCUACGCCUCUUCCAGGAGACGAAUCCAGGCCAAACGAGGAGACGGAGAGCCUGACAGGAGCAGAGGAGUUGUGCUGGGAGGAUGGAGGUCUACCUGUGGAGCUGCAGAGAGGGAUGGAGACUCUGCGGGUCAACAGUGAGCUCACUGAUGUGAUUCUGAGAGUUCAAGGGCACGACUUCGCUUGCCACAGAGCCAUACUUGCCGCUGCCAGUCAGUACUUCAGGGCAAUGUUCUGCAGUGGGCUGAAGGAGAGUCAUGAGGAGUAUGUGCAAAUACAGGGGCUGGACAGUGGGACAAUGGGCUCUCUCCUGGAGUACACUUACACCAGCCGAGCCCUCCUCACACACUCCAACGUCCAGAGGAUACUUGAGGCUGCCAGUCAGUUUCAGUUCCUGCGUGUGGUGGAUGCAUGUGCCGGCUUUCUGAUCAACUCUCUGCACCUGGACAACUGUAUUGCGAUCCUGAAUCUGGCCGAACAUCACGUCCUGCCUGUCCUGAAGUCCAGGGCUCAGGACUACAUCACCUCUCGGUUCUCCCAGGUUGUCAAGCAGGAGGAUUUCCUGGAGCUUCCAGCAGAUUCGCUGGAGAUCGUCCUGCAGAGGGAUGACCUGGAUGUGAAGUGUGAGGAGUGUGUUUUUGAGACACUCAUGCACUGGGUGAGGGCCAGGCAGGAUGAACGCUAUCCCUUACUGGCCAGGUUGCUGUCAGCUGUGCGACUGCCGCUGCUGGAUCCAGCAUAUUUUGUUGAAAAAGUGGAGUCGGAUGAACUGAUACGACGCUGCAGUGAGGCCUUUCCUUUGUUGCAAGAGGCUCGCAGCUAUCACCUCUCUGGCAGAGAGGUGGUCUCUGAACGAACCAAACCCCGCGUACGGCACUUUCUAUCCGAGGUAUUCUUGAUCAUUGGAGGCUGCACCAAAGACGAACGCUUCAUUUCCACCGUCAUCUGUUUAGACCCCCUGAGACGCAGCAGGCUGGAGGUCGCCAGGCUGCCAAUGACAGAUAAUGACAACGAGUCCCAGAACCGCAAAUGGGUGGAGUUCGCUUGCAUCACCUUCCGCAAUGAACUUUACAUAUCUGGAGGUAAAGAGACACCACAUGAUGUUUGGAAAUACAACGGCGCUCUGGACAAGUGGAUCCAAAUCGAGCCCCUGACAACUGGGCGCUGGAGACACAAAAUGGCGGCGCACGGUGGGAAGGUGUACGCGCUAGGUGGAUUUGAUGGAAAUCAGAGACAUGCUAGCGUAGAGGCCUAUGAUCCCUUUCACAACCGCUGGACACAGGUGACUCCUCUUGCAGUUGGUGUGAGCUCCUUCGCUGCUGCAAGCUUUGACAGAUGGAUCUACGUGAUCGGUGGUGGGCCCAACGGAAAGCUGGCAACUGAUAAGGUUCAGCGCUGGGAGCCCGGGACUGACUGCUGGGAGCUGCGAGCGCCCAUUCCCAAUGAAACCAAAUGCACAAAUGCUGUCACAUUCAACAACGGCAUCUAUGUAGUCGGUGGUGCCAUGCAUGCCAUGUAUUGCUACUCCCCUCUGUCUGACUCAUGGUCCCUCGUGACUCGUCUGGGGGAGAGGGCAAGCUGUGCCAUCGCUGCCUGUAACAACAAACUGUUCAUCACCGGAGGCCGGGACAACAAAAACCAAGUCAUCUCCACUGUGAUGUGCUGGGACGUUGCCCAAGAGGUGCUGACAGAGGAGUGUGUUUUACCUAUGGGAGUGUCGCACCACGGCAGUGUGACACUCAUGAAGUCCUACACACACAUACACAGAAUAGCACCUGCAGCAGAGUGCCAGUGACACAGGAUUCUGUGAACAGGGCCUCGUGGGUGCAGAGAGUGGAAGUAAAAUGAUGCAUGAAAAGUCAAACAAAUAAAGGUUUUUUACAUGCAUCACUACAGUUUGUUGACAAAUGUAAUGAACCAAAACCUACGAAAUGCUUCUUCCCCCGCUGUUUAUAAAAAUAGACAAUGCCAUUUUUCAUUCAAUUCUGCCUUUGAGGACAAAAUGGAUGUGAUAUUAUUAUUUACUAAAUCCCCAUCAAGCAAUAUUACAAACAAAUUAAAAGGUGAUUAAUUUUCAGAGGAAAUGAAAGACAAUUAUUAGUGCAAAAUGGCUACUACUCAUUGAAGUCCACCUUUUAUCAAAGCUUGUUAUUUUGUGUUUGAUUUGUAUAAUUGAGUAUAUAUUAUUGUGCAUGAGAAAAUAAGCACUUUUUGUAACCAACUAUCAAGCACACAAGAAAAUACAUGUUUAACAAUAACAUACAUGUUUAAUAAUUGGAUUUUCAUCAAAACAACUUGCCUAUAAUCUAUAAGCA